UAAAAGAGAACUUUGACUUUCUAACAAGAACAUCACAUGUCCUCAAGAAUACACUGCCUGUCUGUCUGACAAAGACACAGACAACAACAACAACAACAACAACAGCAGUAGCAGCAGCAACAUCAAAUAUGUCACGGAAUAUCAUUGUAUUGUUACUCUUUUGUUUUGGAACUAUUGGUGCCAUACCAAUAAAGUCUGAGUUUGAAUAUUUGCCCGAAGGAUUCGAUCCUGCUCACCCAGAAGAUGUCCCAGGAAUGUUCCAAGGUGAUAUUGAUCUCGAUGGACAUAGUCCUUGGAGUAGAAAUGCUGUUGGAGAUCUUAAGCGGCGCUGGCCAAAUGGUGUGGUUCCAUUUAACAUUCAUUCUUAUUUUGAACAGUAUGAAAAGGAAACAAUAAUGGAAGGAAUACAACAUAUUCAGGAAAUGACGAGGCUUAAUGGUAAAGAUUGUAUAAAGUUUAUGAACCAAUCAGAUGAAGAGAACUACGUGUAUAUUGGCACAGGAUUUGGGUGUCACAGUAAUAUUGGAUACAAAGGCAAACCACAAGGAAUGUCUCUCGGCCGUGGCUGUCGAUUCAAAGGAAUUGUUAUUCAUGAAAUGCUACAUACUCUGGGAUUUUAUCAUGAACAGAGUCGACCAGAUCGAGACAAUUAUGUCAAAAUAAAUUUGACUAAUGUAAAAGAAAAGGCCAAAAGUAAUUUCUUAAAAUUGUAUCCACCAAUUAUCAACACCCAAGGGCUUCCAUACGAUUACAAUUCAAUCAUGCAUUAUAAUCCAUAUGAAUUUGCUAUAGACCGAAGUAUACCAACAGUUAGAUCUCUCAAGAAAGGUGUAACAAUUGGUCAACGCAUUGGUAUGAGUCAGUUAGACAUUCUUCGAGUUCAAAAAUUGUAUGGAUGUCCAGAACGGAAGUUGGUUGUCCGCCAACCAGCUGGCUUGGUGACCCCUAACUGUACUUUUGAUAGUGAUCUGUGCGGAUGGACCCAUGGCGAAAUUAGUCCAAAUGUGAAAAAUAACAGUUGGAUGAGGAAAAAUGAGGAAACCCUUACUUGGCAGACAGGACCUUCCAUGGAUCAUACAUACGGAACAUUUGAAGGUUACUUCCUGUAUUCCGAGGCUUCAUUAAAUGCUGGGUCUGUUGCGAAAAUCAGGACACCAACUCUGAAGGCAGGCGUUCACUGUUUGUCAUUCUGGUUCCACAUGUAUGGCCAUAAUAUGGGCUCACUUUCUGUCAAUAAAAUAGUGAAGGGCAAAACAUCGACAAAACUGUUUACAAGAUCUGGGAACCAAGGAAACAAGUGGAUCAACGGGAAAAUAUAUUUUACUGCUACUGAAGACACAAAAAUUGAAUUUGAAAGCACCAUUGGUUCAGUGCAGAGUGACAUUGCUAUCGAUGAUGUGAUGGUGCUUGAUACGAAAUGCUGACAAACUGUCUUUGUACAAAUUCUUCAAAAUCACCAGAACACACUUUCACCUCAAAAACUGAAAAGCCUUUAACAUUUGUUUCUGUUUGUUGCACGUGUUUAGGUCUCUCAGCAUUUAUACAUGCAUACAUCUAUCUACAUCUGCACACACAAACACGCAUGCAUACACACACACACACACUCACACACACACAUACACACAUGCAUGCAUGCACACGCACACACACACAUCCAUUCUUAUUUUUGUUGUAAUAAACCUAAAUACCAUUC